ACAGAAUUGUACUCGUGGAUAAGCUAGUCGUUUAUUCAGGUUGUAAACAUUUGUAAAACUGAAUUAAAAACUAAUUUUGUUUUGUGUUGUUUUUAUCAAAUGGAAGCUUUGUAUAUUUUGUUUUUAUUUAUUAAUCUGUUUUGUACCUUCAAUAGUGUCAGUAGCAAAGUAGUCCAACUGACAUCAGAAAACCUAGAUAAUUAUCUUGGAAGCUAUGAAUUAGUAUUUAUAAAUUUUUAUACUGAUUGGUGCAAGUUUAGUCAGAUUUUAGCACCAAUUUUUGAUGAAGCAGCAGACCGUGUAACGAACGAGAUUCAAGAUCAUGGAAAAGUUUUAUUAGGAAAAGUUGACUGUGAUGCAGAAUGCAUAUUCUACCACUGGAUUUAUUUAUCCCUAGCUAGCAUAGCAGCCAGGUUCCACAUCACCAAAUAUCCAACAUUAAAGUUGUUAAAAAAUGGAAAGUUGAUGAAAAAAGAGUACAGAGGUCAGCGAUCAGCAAAAGCCAUGGUAGAACAUAUCCAAAAUCUCCUGAAAGAUCCUGUUAAGGAAAUAAAAGAUCCCAGUGAUUUGGAUAAUAUUCAGGAAGAUAAAAGGACUGGGAUAUUAUACAUCAUCUCCAAAGACCAGCAGGAAUAUGAAGUAUUUAGAAAAGUUGCCAUGGAUCUUCGAGAUGACUGCCAGUUCUUUGUUGUGACAGGAGAACUUACACGAUCUCAACCUAGUGGUCAUAGAAGAAUUGUAUUCAAACCUGCCAGGUCAAAGUUAGGGGAUAAUGAUGAGUUAUACCCAACAUUGGAUAUGAGGUAUGAUGAACUUAGUGCUUGGAUGACAAAUCAUUGCAUUCCACUGGUCAGAGAAAUCACCUUUGAAAAUGCUGAGGAGUUAACAGAAGAAGGCUUACCAUUUCUCAUUCUGUUUCAUCGCCAUGAUGAUAGAGAAAGUGUGAAGACUUAUACAGCAGAAGUUCUCUCUCAGUUGAGUGCUGAUAAAGGUUCCAUCAAUAUUUUAACAGCUGAUGGUCAUAGAUUUACUCACCCACUACACCAUUUGGGAAAGACUCAGACAGACUUGCCUCUUAUUGCAAUAGAUAGUUUCCGCCAUAUGUAUCUCUUUCCAAACUUUAAGGAUAUUAUUGUUCCAGGAAAGAUCAAGCAGUUUGUUGAUGAUCUUUAUUCUGGGAAACUACACAGAGAGUUUCAUUAUGGCCCUGAAUCAACUACCAGAUCCCAAUCAGAUGAAUCUUUAGGCAUUAGUCAAAAAAUCCAAAGUGAUCCACCUGAGUCCUCAUUCAAAAAGUUAGCACCUUCUAGAAACAGAUACACACUUUUACGUGAUGAGCUCUGAUAAUCAAGACCAGUUUCUUGAAAGGUACUGAAAAUGGAAGCCUUUAAUGCUGUUGUUUUCGUUAAAAAGAAAAAAAUAUUAUAUAUCUUAAAAUCAACUAUGUUAAUUUUAAUUUGGUUCAGUCAUAUAGAAAUCAUUUAUACAGUGGGUCCGUGUAGUCUGGACCCAUUGGGAAAACAGACAUUAUAUUCUUAAAGUUAAACAAACACAAUUCUAAUGUCAGUUGUACAUAUAUCAGGAAAGAAAAUACAUUGGUGGCACAGUAUACCGAUAAUUGAUAUGUGUAUGGCUGUUAAUGGCAUGUUAUUUGAAUAAUAAUUACAUAAAGAAUACAUUUUGUAUUUUUCCUUAUGGGUCAAGACUUCUGGGACACCCUGUACAAUGAAUUUCAGAAAAACUAUGUAAUAACGUUUUAAAAGCAUCAGCUGUGAAUAAAAAUAACAUGGUACACUUGUGAUAUGAAACUACUACCUUCAUUGGAUUUUUCUAUUGUUUUUUUUCCAAGAAAAAUAAAAUAAUACCAAAUUUAUCUUGUAUACUGACAUUAAAAAAGCCUCUAUUUCUUGUUAUCUGUUUAAAUAUUUUAGUUUGUUGUAUUGUUUAUCAGUAUAUACAAUGUUUUUGGCCAGUUUUAUCUGUGAUAGUAGUAAAUAUAUUAAUUCUAGUAAAAUACUGAGUUCAUGCUCAUAUGUGUUAAUUGGAUCAUUAUUUAUUUGCUAAAAACAUAGUUUUUAUGUAAUUCAAAUUACAUUUUUAUAAAAUAGUACAAGUAAAUUAAUGAAUUCAAAUAAACUAUAAGAAAAAUAAAUUAUAUGGAUAUGCCACUUACUCGCUCCGUAGACCUAAAUUUAAUUUCAGUAGAUCAAAAUAAGAUGGAAAUGCUAACCCUUGUGUUUUAAUUCCAAAUAAUAAUUGUGUAUGUGACUUUAAAAGUAUUUGAGGCUUUGUGAAGGUUAAAUCAAAUAAUUUGUUUAGUGACCCAAUGAAUAAUAAU